GGGAUAUAUAGCCUGGUAGCCUGUGGGCCUCGCUUUAAACAUCGUUGGUGUUGCUGGAGCUGAGCUUGCUGGGCUCGUCGGAUUCUCGUCUCCUCCGUACUGUCUGUCGAUUCCUUCUUUCUCCAGGAAGAAAAAUGGCACCUGUUGCUGUUGAUUCACAACCGAGCGUGGUGACGAGGGUGGCCAACUUACCCUUGGUGAGCUCCACAUAUGACCUGGUCUCCUCGGCUUACUUCAGUACAAAGGAUCAGUAUCCCUACUUGAAGUCUGUGUGUGAGAUGGCGGAGAAGGGUGUGAAGACCAUAACCUCGGUGGCUGUGAUGAGCGCUCUGCCCAUCAUCCAGAAGCUAGAGCCACAAAUUGCUGUUGCCAACACUUAUGCCUGCAUGGGACUAGACAGGAUUGAGGAGAAAAUGCCUAUUCUGAAUCAGCCAACAAACCAGGUUGUCGCCAAUGCCAAAGGUGCUGUGACUGGGGCAAAGGAUGCUGUGACGACAACUGUGACUGGGGCCAAGGAUUCCGUGGCCAGCACGAUCACUGGGGUGAUGGAUAAGACCAAAGGAGCAGUGACUGGCAGUGUGGAGAAGACCAAGUCUGUGGUCAAUGGUAGCAUUAAUACAGUUAUGGGGAGUCGGAUGGUGCAGCUGAUGAGCAAUGGAGUAGAAAAUGCGCUCACCACAUCAGAGCUGCUAGUAGACCAGUAUCUCCCUCUCACUGAGGAAGAACUAGAAAAAGAAGCAAAAAAAGUUGAAGGAUUUGAUGCUGUUCAAAAGCCAAGUUAUUACGUUAGGCUGGGAUCUCUGUCUACCAAGCUCCGCUCACGUGCCUACCAGCAGGCUCUUGGCAGGGUGAAAGAAGCCAAGCAAAAAAGCCAAGAGACCAUUUCUCAGCUCCAUUCUACAGUUAACCUGAUUGAAUUUGCCAGGGAGAAUGUGCAUAGUGCCAACCAGAAAAUUCAGGGUGCUCAGGAUAGGCUGUAUGUCUCCUGGGUGGAGUGGAAGAGAAGCAUCGGCUAUGAUGACACUGAUGAAUCUCACUGUACUGAGCACAUCGAGUCACGCACUCUUGCUAUUGCCCGCAACCUGACUCAGCAGCUCCAGACCACGUGCCACACUCUCCUGUCCAACGUCCAAGGGUUACCGCAGAACAUCCAAGAUCAGGCCAGUCACUUGGGCGUGAUGGCUGGAGACAUCUACUCAGUGUUCCGCAAUGCCGCCUCCUUUAAGGAAGUGUCGGAUGGCUUCCUCACUUCCAGCAAGGGGCAGCUGCAGAAAAUGAAGGCAUCUUUAGAUGAUGUGAUGGAUUAUCUUGUUAACAACACACCCCUCAACUGGCUGGUAUUUGAUUUUACUGCCAUAGACUUUACAUCUGACACUGAUGAAAUUCCAGAUAUUAUAGCUUUGGAAGAAGAGUAUGGAUCAGGUCAUUCACAUGCUAAUAACUCUGAGUCUUCUCAGGACAAAAUGUUGAACAACAAGAAAAUACUCCCUUGGGGCCUUCCAGACGCCGCUGCCGGGACUUUUCUAAGCUCAGCCAUGGUCAACCCCACGGUGUUCUUUGACAUAGCUGUCGACGGUGAGCCUUUGGGCCGAGUCUCCUUUGAGCUGUUUGCAGACAAAGUUCCAAAGACAGCAGAAAAUUUUCGUGCCCUGAGCACUGGGGAGAAAGGAUUUGGUUAUAAGGGUUCCUGCUUUCACAGAAUUAUUCCAGGAUUUAUGUGCCAGGGUGGUGACUUUACACACCAUAACGGCACAGGUGGCAAGUCCAUCUAUGGGGAGAAGUUUGAUGAUGAGAAUUUCAUCCUGAAGCAUACAGAGCCUGGCAUCCUGUCCAUGGCAAAUGCUGGACCCAACACAAACGGUUCUCAGUUUUUCAUCUGCAUGGCCAAGACUGAGUGGUUGGAUGGCAAGCACGUGGUCUUUGGCAAGGUGAAAGACGGCCUGAAUAUUGUGGAAGCCAUGGAGCACUUUGGAUCCAGGAAUGGCGAGACGAGCAAGAAGAUCACCAUUGCUGACUGUGGACAACUCUGAUGCAUUUGACUGGUUUUAUCUUAAUCAGACCAUUCCUUCCGUAGUCAGGAGAGCACCCCUGCCCCAUCUGCUCGGAACACCCCAUAAUCUUUGUGCUCUCGCAGUUCGUUGGGUUCCAUAUUUUCUUUUCCCCCUCCAAGUCUAGCUGGGUUGCAGAGUUAAAUUUAUGAAUAUGAAAUAAAA